CUCCUCUUUUUCAUAUUUGCCACUUAUUCUAUUAAUAUCUUAUAUCUUUCUCAAGUUACCUCAAUUAAAUUUAUAUUUAUUAUUCUAGCCGGCUAGAAAAUGUCAUCAUCCACCAGCCGCAGUAAUAAACGACGAUAUCAAUCCACUCCCUCUAACUUACCCCAGCAGAAAUCCAUCGCGUGUCGCCCUUGUCAUAACCGAAAGAUCAAAUGCUCUGGAGGUAGACCGUGUAAUAAUUGUACUCGGGCAUCUGAAUGCGUCUAUCCGACGCGAGAUCGCCAGAUCAAGGUACCCCAAAGUCUCCUUGACCGCCUCUUUCGAGAAAAUGAGGAACUGCGGGCCCGGACCCAAUCUGAGUCACCACAAACCCAAAAUGCAGACAGUCUUACUCUGAUAUCUGACGACCAUCCAGAUACUUCUGGAGAGCAGAUACUAGAAGAAAUCGACUGGUUCGCCCACACUAGAACAUCUGACACCCCCAUCUGGAUAGGUGAGAUUUCCGAUGCCGCGUUUGCGACUCGCUUCCGCCAAUUUGCCUUUUCUUCCCAAACACCAAGUCAUAUUCCUCGCACUCAGUUCGCUUCCGACGAUGCUCUACGCCUCCUGGCAACGAUGAACCCAGCCUGGCCGACGCCGCCGCGUGCCAGGCUUUUGGUCCAGACAGCGCUACAGUUUCUCUGGCAUAGCUAUCACGUAGUCCGGCGCAGCGAGAUGCUCUCGGCGCUGAACACCGUCUGUUCAGACCCAAGCAACGUCGGCGUUAGUCCAAUUGCGAAAGCCAAGAUGUGGGCCUUGUUUGCACUUGGCGAGCUACGUUCAAGUAAAUGUCUGAGUUCUAGCAAAGGACUCCCAGGCUUGGCCUACUUUGCAGUCGCCAGCGAUACUAUUCGUAUGAUCAACGAAAGGCCACAGCUCGACGUGAUCGAGACGAUUUUGAUUCUAACUCUGUAUUCGCUGGAAGCAAACCGCCGACAUUCUGCGUGUACACUGGUGGGCUCAGCCUUGCGCCUUGCGACCGUGAUGGGCCUCCAUCUCAACAUUGGCGACGCCUAUGUUCCAGAUCCUGAACUUCGGGAACAUCGUAUCCGGGUGUGGUGGUCAGUUUAUAUCCUCGAUCGUCUGUUAUCGUCAAAGAUUGGUCUUCCGCCACUCAUAUCGGACGACGAUAUCUCGGUGGAUCUACCCUCCAAUAGCCCUGCUCUCACCUCAGAAGACUUUGGCGACCACUCCUACUUUUUGGCUGUGGUGCGCCUUGCCAAGAUCGCAGGGAACAUCUCGAGAUCUCUCUAUGUCCGGACGCCUCAGCGUGGUACAUUUCUUCAAAGAGUUGCAAGGAUUCAAGAGGAGCUCGAUCACUGGAAGGAGGAAUUACCUGAGCAGAUGAAGCUUGACUUCAGUCGCACCGAUGAGACUCAGAAUCACUCCAAGUCUAUUAUUUCUAGAUUGAAGGUAUCGUUCAACCAGUUAUUUAUUUUAGCAACGAGGCCUGUCCUCCUCUUCUGCUUUCGUCGACACGUCGACGAGGUUACUACGGCGUCGAAAGAUAACUCUCUUCCAGAUGCAGCUCGCGAUGUGGCAAAUGCGUGCAUCAGCACUGCUCGACAGUCCUGCCAGCUGUUGCUACGGUGCUGGGUCAAUGGCGAAUUCCACAUCUUUGACUACUCUUACGUGCAACAUCUUUUCUCGGCUACAGUGAUCCUCGCAAUAGCAAGCACACUUGGUCUGGAUACCUCGACGAACGAUAGAGACGAGUUCGAUAUUACAGCAGGCUUUCUACAGCAGCUAGAGCAGAAUGGAAAUCCUGCAGCUAUGGAGUUCUAUUCUCAUAUCAAGGAGAUACAGAUAACUCUAGAGACAUGGCGUUCAACCUAUUGUCAACCAAAUGCUUUGCCCACGACCCAAGACCUUGGCUCAGCAGAAAUCUUCCAAUCCGCUAUGGCCAACCAACCAUUGGAAGCCCCUGUUUUACACAACACAGAGCUUGGCAUUCAUGCUGCGGAUGGCUCACCUUUGAACCUUUCAUUUCUCGACGACUGGAUCUACGACAAUGCGCUUCAACAGAUAUGCUGGCAGGAAUAGUGCAGGACUGAUGAGCUUAUACAUAUAGAGUAUUUUUUUAUCCUAG